AUGCGCUCCUCCAUCCUCAUCCUCGUUGCCUCACUCGUCGCUACGGUCCUCGGCGCGGUCGUUCCCAAGUGAGUCCAUCUCUUGAACGAUGUCCGUUCCCUCAGUCAACGCCAGUGCUCAUUCAUUCAGCAAUAUUCUUUGUGCGUUCUCUCAAAGUGAGACUCCUGUUCACAAGCCCGAGGCAUUCGCCCGAUAUGUUACCCCGGCCUGCCGGUUCGUCCUUCUGCUCGCGGGAGGAGAACGCCCAUCCUACGUCUUCGCCCUCAAUCUAA